AUGGACAGUCAAUCAGAGCCCCCAGGGCCUCCAUAUCGCCCUACGAAGCCACUCCCGUUCGAGCUCCGCCAGCACUGUGGCAUCUACUUUGAAGAGCACCUCUACUGCCAGGCCCUGAAUCUACUAUCAAGUCUCGUUUCCUCCGGCACAGCAUCUUGGGCCAGCGCGGCAUACCUACCACCUCCUGAAUUCCUCGCUCUCACCGCAACACUCGUCGUACACCCGUCCACGACGACGCGCGCAAAAACGGACGAAAACCGACAGGCUGCGAAUAUCGCUUUGCAACUACUUAGAUUGACGAAUGCGCUGGUGGGCCCGGAAGCGGCGGAUUUCAAUGCGGCGUUUGUGUUUACGCAUUUUACAAAGUCGCGGUCUGGCGCGAGGCGGUUGGUUGAUAAUCUAGAGGGGCAGGAUACUGGCAAGGGAGAGGCGCUGGAUUUUGAGCUGGCGAAUCGGGGGUCGUUGUGGUCGAGGGCGGAGGACUUUUGGCACAUUGUUGGCUGGGCUUUCAACUGUGCUGUUCUGCAUCCGAGCCGGUGGCCGAGGUGGAAAUUGCUUUUGGAGUUUUUAUGCGAGGUUCUUGAGGAUGACUGGCGCGAAAGGGUGAGACGCAGCGAGGAGUUGGGAGGGGGUGGGAAGAAAAAGGCUGAGCGGGAGGAGCUUCUGUGCGGCAGUUUGAUAUAUACGUUUUUCAAGGGCACGUCGGGAAUCUCGAGCCCUGAACGGAGAAUGAUGCGGGCUAUCUUUGCCGAUGGGACGCCCGGCGCAACGAACGAGUUUCGGGAAAUCUUUCACAAUGAGUUGCAGGAGGCGAAGCAAGACGGCGACAAGCUGAAGAAGAGGGAAGUCAACGUGAAUAUCGCUGAGGAUAUAUAUGGAGACUAUCUCGAAUGGGACUUGGACGAUGACGAAGGGACUAAUUCCGUUCUCAACGAGUUCAAAGAUGAACUACCUACACGCCCGAAAAGAAAAAGAAGAACAAAAGCCGACGGCGCGGGAGGCGCCGAGGUGGACAAGAACUACGACCUGAUACACAAAGCGCACUCGGAAAGCCUCACGCUCCUCGGCGACCUGGAAGCACUCGCCCUCCGCCAGCGGUUCCUUGCAAUCCUAUCCGCCGUCUCAGAAGGCAUCCCAAACCGCUUCAUGGAGCUCGACCACCUAUACCUCCUCUUCGUAGACUUCAUCCGCCAUCUACCGCUGCCCAUCUUCCAGCUCUUCGUCUCGCCCUCCGUCCUCCUCCGACUCCCCGUCCAUCCGCAAACCACCCUCUGCGAGAUGCUUCUCGAGCGCCUGCGCGAAAACAAAAAGCGCUCGUCCCAGAGUCCAUAUCUCAACCAGGACAAGCUAGAAGCGGAUUUUCUGCCCUACGCCGCAAGCACGUCGAGCGUGAUCGACAACGCGAGGGUCUCGAUACUCCUCGAAUCCGUGCUUCGCUCGCUGUCGGCUGAGGGACUGCUGCAUGUGCGGCCGUCGUUGAAGGAGGCGGUGGAAGAGGGGAUUCUGGCCAGGGGGGAAAGGGCGCAGACGGAUACCAAGAAGGGGCAGAGUAAGAUGAAAGCUGAGGAAUUUGGGUGGACGUGGUUGAUUGAGAGUGGAGAGCGGUUGAUGCAUUUGGUGCUGAGGGAGGAGGAGGCGCCGACGGAGUGA